AUGUCACAGAACACAAACCACCCGCCCCCAACAGCCGAGUUAUAUUGCUUGGUAUCCGAUCUUCAAAUUACCCUCCAGACUUGCGACAUUAAAGACGUCGAACGAGCGAGGGAUGGAAGUGGAAGACCAGUUUCCAGGUUCAAAGUUCUGAAGGUUGUCACUAGUAAUAAUUUUGGUCUCAUGAGACGUCGACUGAGGCACCCCCUUGCAUUCUCGGCUCCCGGAAUGCUGAAGUCAAAUCCCCCUAUGCUGUGUUCCGGAAAUCCGCCGUGGUCGAAUGUUUUCUUCGGCUAUAUGUGGAAGUAUUAG